CAGAGUGCACUGUAUGAGGAGCUGGUCAAUUACAGAAACCAAAUAGCACAUGAAACUGACAUACCUCCUUUCAUGAUAGCAUCAAACAAACUACUAGGUAAUCUGUUUUUAUCUCGUCCCACUGCUGAGGAUUCAUUGCGAUUGAUUGACGGAGUCUCUCAACAAUUUAUCACCAAAUUUGGAAUGAAAUUACUAACGAAAAUAAAAGAAUACUGUACUGCUCAUCCAACCCUCAGGACUGACACUGAACUGAGCAAAGGAAGAGAAGAUACUGACACUAAUACUGGGGAGAUACAAGUGGCCAUUAAGGUUCGUAAGUCCAUCAUUGGUCCAAUAAGUGAAAAGAAUGGAUCAUAUUAUGAUUCAUAUACAAGGGAAGGACUCAGUGUGGAGGAGAUUGCUUCAAGACGUGGUGUUCAAGUUCAGACUGUCAUGGGACACUUAGUGGAUUGUUAUGAAGCUGGCUACAUGCUCAACUAUAGAGAAUUGGGUUUUACUGAAGAGAUUGAGAAGCUCAUUACUGACACUAUAAGGAGGCCUCCUAUAUCUUCAGACGUAGGAAGAUUAAAGCCAAUUAAAGAACAGUUACCAGAACACAUUGAGUACUGGCAGAUAAAAAUGACAAUAGCACUACUGAUGGUGACCAGUGGAUUCAUUAGAAAUAAACUAACUACAACACCAUCACUGACUUCACCUACUUUAUCUUCAGGUUCUUCUGGUACAGAUAGUAAGAGAUCAUUACCAAACAUUUUUAAAAGGAGCCACUCCUACAGCAGCAGCAGUGGAGGGUAUGGUAGAGGAUACUACACUGGGUCUAACAAGAAAGCAAGAAAGUUCUUUUGAACUAAUUCUACAACUAAAGAACACUUCAUUUAUCUGCUACUAUUAAUGCCCUUGUAUCAUUUACACAUUCAUUAA